AAGCACAAUCUUAAGAUGGAUUCCAAGGCAGCGGCUAACAAUAAACCUCAUGCUGUUUGUAUUCCAGCUCCAGCUCAAAGCCAUAUAAAGGCAAUGCUUAAAUUUUCAAAGCUACUCCACCAUAGAGGGUUUCAUAUAACCUUCGUCAACACAGAGUUCAACCACAACCGCUUUCUUAAAUCUCUUGGAUCCAACUCCCUCGACGGCUUGCCUGAUUUUCGAUUUGAAACCAUUCCAGAUGGCCUUUCACCAGACUCCAACCAAGAUGCCACCCAAGACACCUCUUUAGCAUCCGAUGCCAUCAGCAAAAACCUUUUGCCUCCGUUUCGAGACCUCCUCAUAAAACUCAAUGACGCGGCGAUUUCGAUCAAUAAUGUUAGUCCUCCAGUGACUUGCAUUUUCUCAGAUGGUUUCAUGCCAUUUACAAUCACAGCUGCUGACGAAAUUGGACUCCCUUUGGUACUCUUCUUUCCUAUUUCUGCAGGCAGCUUCAUGGGCUAUAAACAAUACCCUACUUUGGUGGAAAAGGGUAUUGCACCACUCAAAGAUGAGAGCUGUUUGACAAACGGCUUCUUGGACAAGGUAAUAGAUUGGAUUCCAGGAAUGAAGGAUAUUCGUUUAAGGGAUCUACCGGCAAAUUUUCGAACUACAAAUCCAAACGACAGCGUGUUCAAGCUCAGUUUGGAAUCAGUGGAAAGAGUUGAUAAAGCUUCAGCAGUUGUUGUUCAUACUUUUGAAACAUUGGAGCCAGAUGUUUUGACUGCUCUCUCCUCAAUGCUUCCACUUGUUUAUGCCAUUGGCCCUCUCCAAUUGCUUCUCAAUCACUUACCAAAAGAUCCUUUGAACGAUAUGGGAUAUAGCCUGUGGAGAGAAGAAACUGAGUGCCUUGAAUGGCUAAACUCAAAGCCACCAAAUUCAGUUGUUUAUGUGAAUUUUGGCAGCAUAGCAGUCAUGACACCAGAACAUCUUGUAGAGUUUGCAUGGGGACUUGCAAAUAGCAAGCUUCCAUUCUUUUGGGUAAUCAGGCCUGAUUUGGUUGUUGGUGAAUCGGCGAUUUUGUCAGCUGAAUUUGUGGCUGAAACUAAGGACAGGGGUUUGAUAGCAAGUUGGUGCCCGCAAGAGCAAGUACUUAGCCACCCUUCAGUUGGAGGGUUUUUAACACACAGCGGUUGGAAUUCGGUUGUUGAAAGUUUGUGUGCAGGAGUUCCUAUGCUUUGUUGGCCUUUCUUUGCUGACCAACAAACUAACACUUGGUGUGCUUGCAAUGAAUGGGAUAUUGGGAUGGAGAUUAGUAAUGAUGUCAAAAGAGUAGAGGUAGAGAAGCUUGUUAGAGAAUUAAUGGAGGGAGAAAAGGGUAAGAAAAUGAAAAUUAAGGUCAUGCAGUGGAAGAAACUUGCAGAAGAAUCCACCAGUCCAAAUGGUUCCUCAUCCACAAACCUGGACAAUUUAGUCAAUAAUGUGCUAUUAAGAAACUCUUUUGGGUAGAGCGAUAGCGUUAAUGACUCAAAAUAGUAACUUUUGUUGUUGUGUCAUAAACUAGCAUAUGAGAAUCUAUUACUGUGUUUGAAUGAGGAAAUUUAACUUAAGAUUACUAAGAAAUUUCAAAAUGACGGAAAUCGAAACAACGGAAUUUAAUUUCUCGAA